CAAAAUUGUGUUCCCCUAAUCCAUCGUUUUCCCUCUUUCAAAAGAGAAAAGACUGAAUCUUUCUCUCUUUGCAACAAUACAAGAGAGAAAAUAACCACACAAGUGAUUCAGUUAUUUGUAAUUCAAGGUUCUUUAUUCGAUAUUGGAGGAAAGCUUGGGGGCUAAAAUGUCGAAGCGAGAACUCUCCAAUACUUUGAGGGGCUUGAAGUUCAUGCAAAGGGCAGCUCAGAGAGAGGAGAAAGUUGAGAAAGAAGAGGAGGUUAAACCUGAAGAGAGUAGUACUAUUACUAGAAAAUGUAUGGUCAUUAUGGAAGGGGAUCCCCAUCCAGGAGCAAUUGUUGGACGGAUGUCAUUUCAGAGUUUCAAUCCUUCUAUUGAUAAACUGAAUGAAGAAGUAUCAAAUGUGUCGCGGCUGGAUGCCUCUGGUGGAAGAAUGUUGUCUGGUGAAAAUAGAUCUGCAUCUGAAGCAGCUGACCUCCCAAAAGUCGGUACAGAUAAAUAUGAAGGUAAUGGAGACCUUAAGAGGAAACAGUCUGACAUAGUUUCUGAACCUGAGUAUCCAAAUAAAUCACCCAAAAAUGGUCAUGGAGUUCAAUCGUCACCGAGCAGCAGUAAAGCCUCCUCCAAAAAGCAGUCAAAGCGUGAGAAGCUGGACUGGAAUGUUCUCAGGCCACCAAAGUCUAAUAGGUGAUGAUAAUUAGGAAAUUGUGUUCACCACUGUGAGGCCAUUAAUAUUUCUUUUCAGGUUCCUUAAAUUGAAUAUGUAACUUUGUUGUCAUAUUAUCGAAGCUCAGCUUUCUUAACUUUCAAAUUUGUUCAUUUAACGUAAGUUACUCUUUCUGUACUUGCAUCUUGAUUCCCCUUACUAUUGUUGCACCCUUGACUUGGCCUCUG